AUGGCUUCACCACGCCAUGACGGGUCGCCUGAACCUCCUUCUCUCGAUGUCCACAGACUCGAGUCCUCGGGUACGGCUGAUUCUGAUUGCGUGGUGAUGGUAAAACUUACUGAUGAACUUUUUACCGCCCUCAUAGCAGCGCAAAAAAGAAAAAUCCCUCUGAGCAUGCGAAUCGAGGAAAAAGGAGGUUCUUUUGUGAUCGGUGAUAACUCUGUUUUUUCAUUCCAAAACCAACCAAUACAAGGAGAGACUGACACAGUUUGUUUCGAUCCUCGUCUGAAUUGUCAUCGUACUGUUGGGUCUUACCAAUACAAGUAUCAGGUGCAAGCUACUGACAAGACUUUCGCUGACACGCGAGAAAGGGCGCAAAAGUUGGCGGAAGAAGAGAAUCGUAAAGGAGCAAAAGACGUUAAUAAACAUGGUCGUAAACACCUUAGCGCUCCAAAAUCGUCGCGAGUCGGGUCCGCGUCGUCUUCUCGUCAUUCUUCUCCUCUCUUGUCUAAGGCUUCAUCGGAUCCUCAAAAUCGAAUUAGUCCCAAUAAGUUCAGCAAUCCAACGGGUACCAAUGGGCUGGCUCCAUCGGCAAACAACGGGUCUUCUCGUCCGAUAACUCAUCCUCUGGCUGCUGAGCUGCGGAAGAAGAAGUUACGGCCUCGAAUUGUUCAUUUAGUUGUGACAUGUCGUUACUCAAGUUGUGAAGAGAUUCAUAAAAAGUUACGGAAGGAUGGUCUCAGUGAGGAGUUCGACGAUGCUCGCAAGAUUGAGGAGAUUGUUCGCGAGGUAGCCGAGAGAUCUGAAAGUGGAAAAUACAUUCUCAAACCAGCUCUUAAUAGUGAAGUUGAUUCUCGAUGGCCAUGGUUUACUCAUGAAGAGAAAGCUUAUGUUCGAAAAGUUCUCUCCUCAUCAACUCAGCAGUUCUUAGCUAGUUCUUCGUUUGCCCCUAUGAGAAAAAGCGGUAUGGAGAGAAUGCAAGCUCCUUCUGCUUCUAUUACUCAAAAUAUCAGUCCUGAAGCUAUUCCGACACCACCAACUAGUCGACCAUCAUCAGGUGGUCCUCCCAAGACCAAAACAGUUUCUCCUGUUGCACAAACAAGGCCAAGCCCGGCUGUGACGCCAGCUCAUGAAGAAAUUGUUGAGGAAUCAGUGGCGGGGUCUAGUUCUAAAAGAAAAGCUCAUGUUCCUUCUUCGCAUCAUGUUGAUAAACGACCUCGGCAAGAUAGUUCUAGUCCUCCAGAAGAUCCUCGUAGCAAUCAGCCUAGUCACAAAGAGAAGCUAAUGGCUGCUCGUGCUAGUGGGAGCACAACGUCAUCACGUCUCUCGUCACCCUGUAGUUUGUCUUCUCCUAGUCAGCCUUCCUGUGAUUGGGAAAAAACUUUUCCUGAGAUCAAAGACGCUCGGGAUGCUGAAAAGUAUUUUUCUCUCUAUCAUAGUGAUUAUCCUAUUUAUAUGAGUUGUUAUAAGCAAUUGAAUAAGGUUGCUAUGGAGUUUAAAGAUUUAGAAGAUCAAUUGAAAAAUGUUGUUCGUGUUCAACGCGAGAGCUCAAAGAUCGAACGAUCCAUUCAAGAAAGAUUCUCUCAGUUUGAAAAAGACGAAGAAUUUUUAAGAUGUCGUCAACGUCAUGCUGAUCUACGUUCCAAGCUUUCUGUUUUGAAACAGAGAAUUUCGGACUGGGAGCGCCAACAAGAAAAUUCUCCUUGUGUCCUAUAA